AUGGCAGCGCAAAUCCCAACCACACCAUCAGAAAUGCGUGCCUGGAUACGCCAACACCGCGGUCCCGCAAACAGCGCCCUGAAACUAACCACCAUCCCAACGCCAACCGCGCCAGAAAGCACAUCGCAAGACGUGCUCAUCCGCGUCUCGCACGUCUCACUACAAUACAGCACAGAAUUUGGGCUCAAAACCAUCCCUAGCCUCCCCCUAACCGGCCCUUGGAUUCCAGAGCUCGAACUAUCCGGCUCGAUAGUAGCCGCAGGGUCAGGCGCACCAGCCGAACUGCGCGACCUAGGCACCCAAGUCGUCGCAUUUCAGAAUAUCCCCGCCUUAAUGCUAGGCCACGGCGUGCUGGCAGAGUACGUUCGCCUCCCUGGGUCGCAGGUCGUGCGGAUUGACGGCAUUGAGAUGGCGUCUGCGUCUGGGAUCAAUGGGGCGGGUAGUACGGCGAUGAAGAUGAUUCGGACGGCUGGCGUGCGGGAGGGUCAUCGUGUUCUCGUCAACGGGGCUAGUGGAUCUGUUGGGUCCGUACUCGUGCAGCUGUGUAAGUUGCGUGGGGCGAGCGUUGUUGGCGUGGCGAGCGGUGGCAAUGAGGAGAUGGUGCGUUGGUUGGGUGUUGACGAGUUCAUCGACUAUAAGAAGCAUGAAUUGCCUGUUUAUCUCACGCAGGAGUACAGGGAGAAACCGUUUGACUUUGUGCUUGACUGUGUUGGGUCUCAGGCGCUUUUUGCUAACUCGCCUGCUUAUCUUAAGCCUGAGGGCGCGGUUGUCAAUAUUGGUAUGCUUGAGGGGAUGUUUGGGACGGCGUGCAAUAUGCUGUUCAAUACCUGGCUGCCUACUUGGCUGGGCGGUGUUCCUCGCCGAUAUAUCACGUUUAGCACACCGCCGGCUCGUGAUGAUGCUGUUUACUUAGCGCGUUUGAUUGAAGAGGGUCAUGUGCGCGUACCUGUUGACUCUGUUUUUGAUAUGGAGGAUGCUGUCCAUGCCUAUGAGCGCAUUUCUACUAAGCGUGCCCGCGGUAAGGUGGUAAUCAAGGUGUGCAGAGACUAG